AUGGCCGACUCGGGUCUUCCAACAGGAUGGGAAGUUCGACACUCGAACUCCAAGAACCUCCCUUACUACUUCAACCCGGCCACCAAGGAGUCCCGCUGGGAACCUCCCGCCGACACCGAUACUGAGAAGCUGAAGGUAUAUAUGGCGCAGCACCACACACCCGCCGCGCGCCCGGAUGCUUCGGGACAAGGCGAGGGCAAGAUCCGCUGCAGCCACCUGCUCAUCAAGCACCGCGACAGCAGACGCCCCAGCAGCUGGCGCGAGGCGGAGAUUACCCGGUCGAAGGAAGAGGCUAUUGAGAUUCUCAAGGGCCACGAGCAGCGCAUUCAGUCUGGUGAGACUAGCUUGGGGGACCUUGCCGUGUCGGAGUCGGAUUGUAGUAGUGCGCGGAAGAAGGGUGAUCUGUACGUUUUUUGUUUUCUGGCGUGUCGAUCUUAA